GUCAUUUAGAAUUGCCGUGGGUAUAGCCUUGACCGGAUCGUCCAACUCGUCAAGAGAGUGAGUCCCACAUUUGGCUGAUAAUCUCUUCAUUUCACGAACGUGAGGGUAGACGACGACGCGGUGUCUGUGUGUGUGUGUGUGUGUGUCAAGUGGGGGUGAGAGAAAACAAAUUGGUACACGAAGGACCAAUCGACGUAAUAAUUACAGAGUGCAAAGUGGGCCAUUGGAACGAAGCGGGUUGAUUUCAUACGGGCUGCACGCCGUUGGAUGCCAACAGAUCUUUUUUCUCAAUUUGCAGCCGGAGGAAUAUCGGGACGACCUGCAGAAAGCGUCGUUCAUGUUUUCGGGGUUUGACUGAUUGCUGGUGUGAACCCCCCGGGGAAGAAAACAUUUGAAAUCCUUUAAAGUCGAGACGAGCGGCAUCAAGACGGAGACGACGAAGAUGGCGCCCAAAGCGGCUGACGAGAAGGGCAUAGUCUUAAUGGAAGAAGACAUCCGGAUGGAGACCUCGUCGCCUUUCCCAUCUUCAUCCGCAACUUCAUCCUCUCCUUUUUCGUCUUCUCCAAUGACUGGUGCGGCAGCUGGUGCCACGGCCGAAAGUGAGCCACCCGCUCCGCCCACCAAGAGCACGGCUGACGAAAUGAGCGAAAUGGCCAAGGAGCAAUUGGCCAAACUCGCCAAGGAGAUGGGCAUGCCCGUUUGGGCGCUCUAUUGCAUCGGAAUUGUGGCCCUGGUAAUCUUGCUGAUAGCAUUCUGCUGCAUCCGGCGAUGCUGCCGCAAGCGGAGGCCCAAGGAUGCCAAAAAGGGACUCAAAGGAGCCGUCGACCUCAAGUCAGUUCAACUCCUCGGAAAUGCCUACAAAGAAAAGGUUCAGCCGGAUAUGGAUGAACUGACCGACAACGUGGAAGACAUUGCCGUCGAAGGCGAAAAGAAAGAGGAGCAGAAACUGGGUCGAUUGCAGUACAAGCUGGAAUACGAUUUCAACCAGAGCAAUUUGGUCGUGACUGUCCACCAGGCCGAAGAGUUGCCCGCCCUCGACAUGGGAGGAACAUCCGAUCCUUACGUCAAGGUCUACCUGCUCCCCGACAAGAAGAAGAAAUUCGAAACCAAAGUCCACCGCAAAACCCUCAACCCCGUUUUUAACGAAAGUUUCACCUUCAAGGUCCCCUACGCCGACGCCAUGGGCAAGACGUUGGUGUUUGCCAUCUACGAUUUCGACCGUUUCUCCAAACACGACCAGAUCGGUGAGGUUAAAGUGCCACUCUGCAUGGUCGACUUGGCCCAGACGAUCGAAGAAUGGGCCGAGGUGACCAGCGUCGAAGGAGAAGGCGGACAGGAAAACAAGUUGGGUGACAUCUGCUUCUCACUUCGCUACGUCCCAACCGCCGGCAAAUUGACUGUCGUCAUCCUCGAGGCCAAGAAUUUGAAGAAAAUGGACGUCGGUGGUCUCUCUGAUCCUUACGUCAAGAUCGCCCUGAUGCAGAACGGCAAACGGUUAAAGAAGAAGAAGACGAGCAUCAAAAAGUGCACCCUCAAUCCGUACUAUAACGAAUCGUUUACUUUCGAGGUGCCCUUCGAACAGAUCCAGAAAGUGCAACUGGUAGUUACCGUCGUCGAUUACGAUCGCAUCGGCACAUCUGAUCCCAUUGGUAAGGCCCUCCUUGGUUGCAACGCAACUGGAACUGAACUGCGUCACUGGUCCGACAUGUUGGCCUCGCCCCGACGCCCCAUCGCCCAGUGGCACACGCUGAAGGAGCCCGACGAUGGAGACAAGAAAGACUAAAAAGGCGAAACAACUGCUGUAGACACAAAAAUUUCACUAGCAUCAUCCAGCAGAAGACGUUCCUCGUCCCCGUACUUUUUGGCCUCUUUUGAUCGGUUUCAAAGCAGUUGCAGAACGAUAGAAAAAUCUAAUAUGAAUGGAAUCAUCAACACCGAGUGAAGAAAUAAGAAUCGAAACAAAAAAGGACAAAAUAAAAUUUUUUCGUUUCCCCCCUCUGGUUUGAUUUCCCCGUUUCGCGUCAAUGUGUAUAUCUAUAUCUCUUCGUGUAACUUUCAUUAUCUUUCCAUGUCCUUCCCAAAACCAAAAAGAAAAGAAAAAAGAAAUUCGUAAUUCCAUGUUCCUCAGACUACUUUGAGAGAGAUAGAAUAUCUAUUAAUGAUAGAUUUGUUUUUUCGUUCGCCAUUUUCUCCUCGUUCAGAUUUGUCACUUAGAUGUGACGUUGCACAUAUACAUAGUACCAACUUCUUCUUCUUCUCCACCCGACUCAUUUGUUCUUCUCUCUCGCUUUACAUUCCCUCCCCCAAACCCCCCCACUCAUUCCGUGCUGUGUCUUGUUUGUUGUCGGCGAGUUAUAUAUAGAGAGAAAAACUUACCUACAGUAUAGUCCCGCGUGAAUCUUCGUCUUUUUUUUCUUCUCUCUCUCCCCCGGUUAACUGUUUUAAUGAGGAACAGAAAACGCGAAGCCCCGCCCAUUCCUAAUCAUCAGCUAUUUACCCCCACUGUCCGUUUUUAUUAUUUUCUGUCACACUUGCCACCACCCAGUGAUGAAAAAGAGACAGAGCAGUUACAACUAAACUUUUAAGAUAUCAAUUUCCAACUUUCAAUAUUUAUACUGUAAUAUCUGUUUGAUAAUGUAAGAAAACGAGGGCUAAGAAGAAGAAUGUACGACACCAAAGAAAUGAUGUCGAACGACAUUGUUAUUCAUUUAGAAUUCUUCGUCUCCAACACACGUAACAUUAUGACAAGGUACACACGUUCCCCCUCCCUUUCAUUAUUAUGACUUACAUCAAACAAAACACAUUUUCCCAACUAUUGGGGAAACUUUUAUCAAUAUCAUUGUGUUAUUAUUUCGUUGGGUAUAAUUUUAUCAUAAAUUUGAUGGUAAAAAUUAUGUAUCAGAAAUUUCAGUGAAACAAAAAAAGAAGAAAGAAACAAAACAAAACGGAACAAGAGCGCAGCCAGUCUUGAUUAUUAUAAUGGUUAGAGAGAAUGGAUAAAAAUACAUUGUCUUUGUUGGUUCA